CUGCGGAGCAGCAACUCUCACGAUAUUUGGUGCGACCCGCAGGCGCUAGCCGCUCCCGGGUUCUGGCGCGCCCUUUCAGUUCUGCUUGUUGUCCGCACCGCUGCGUUACCCGGAACUGCCGGGCGGAACAGCAUGACGUCCGCUUUGGAGAACUACAUCAACCGUAUCCUCAAGCUGGCCGCCGCGGGCGUGAGCCGGGGUCGCGGACAGGCCGCCGGUCGGAGAUCGUUAUCAGGAACUGUUGCCGUUAUUACAUCAGAUGGGAGAAUGAUUGUGGGAACACUGAAAGGUUUUGACCAGACCAUUAAUUUGAUUUUGGAUGAAAGCCAUGAACGAGUAUUCAGCUCUUCACAGGGGGUAGAACAAGUGGUACUAGGAUUAUACAUUGUAAGAGGUGACAACGUUGCAGUCAUUGGAGAAAUCGAUGAAGAAACAGAUUCUGCGCUUGAUUUGGGGAAUAUUCGAGCAGAACCUUUAAAUUCUGUAGCACACUGAGGAAAAACUACAUACUUGGACAUCUGUAAAUCUUUGUACAGAAACUGAUUAUUCUGAGGAUGAUAUAUGGAAUUUUUAUGAAUGUGUCACUGGAUUUUGACUCCUUAUUGAUUCAUUGUAAUAUGUAAAUUAAAAUAUUUCUACAGUUUAUUGAAAAAAAAACCUUUUUUUUUUUUUGCCUAAAUAUAAGUUUGGUAGCUUGGUUUCUUUUUUUUAUUAAAUAGUGUGAAAAUAUAAUGGGCAUUUUGAAAACUUUUAGAAAAAAGUAGUACUUUUUGAUACUUUAGUAUUUAUGGAAACUAGUGGAAAAGAGAAAUUAGUGUGCUAUAUAAAUCAGGCAUUCAAGUAACAGUAAUACAGGAUAUAUGUGUUUUCUUUCCCUGAUGUUUAGGAAAAUCACAGGAAGGUAAAUCUUUGCUGGAGUUAUCUGAAUCAUUGGCAUUUAUCCGAUUCCACUGGUGGUAGUUUGCUAGUGCUUCUAAAAGUUGCUCCCUAGCACUGAGAGGUGUGGGUAGGUAAAAAUGUGUUUGCUUGAGAAAAGCAAAAAUGCUAACAAGGUUUUGAUAGAUUGGCCCAAAAUUCUAACUUGAAUAUUAAGAAUGACUAGGAAUGUAGAAUUGACAGAGAUGAUUGGUAAAGUCUCUUGAUGCCCAAUUGGUUAGGUAUGAAAGGAAUAUGAACACAUUAAUGUUGAAUUUUACAGACAGUAUAUUUGAAAAAAAAUUGAUUCCAUGUAGUCUUCAAUUUUUAAUUUUUAAGAAUUGGAGAAUUUCUAAUGUUAAAGUUAGUUUAUAAAUGUGAGUAAAUAAACUCUUAAGUUUAUAUUGAAGUAGUGCUAGCUAUUAUUGUCAGCAAUUUUCCAUGAUUCAUUAUCCAUAAACCUGAUUUCAGAAGACGUCAACUCAGUUUUUUAAAUAAUUGAAAGAAACAAUGUAAGUAGUGUUUAGAUAUUCAGGCUAGUCCAUAAAAUUUCUGAUCAACUCAUGUAUAGGCCAAAGUGUGUGUCUUUGUGAUGAGAAGAACAUAGAAAAAUAUUUACAUCCUUGUAAUUGAAACAAAUUUAAAUAGUUUCUUUGUUUUGUUUUUAUGAAAGUGCUUAAAAAUAGUAGUUGGCAAGCUUUUUCUAUGAAGAUCCAGAUAGUCUUUUAGGCUUUGAAGGCCAUGUGGUCUGUCACAGCUACUCACCUCUGCUAUUGUGGCCUACAAAUAACUAUAGAUAAUACAUAAAUGAAUAGUGGCUGUCUUCCAGUAAAACUUCAUUUAUAAAAAUGGAGGUGGGGGUUGGAUUGGGCUUGAAGGCAUAGUUGCUGACCCUUGGCUUAAUACAAGUUCAAUAAGAAAAAAUGAACAAUUUGUAUAAAUUCUGGAAUAGAUCCUUAUAGAGAGUUUAGAGGUGGGUUUCAUUCAUAUUUUAAAAUAUUUUAAACUUCAUACUUAUUAAACAUAAUAGCUUUUUGGGGGAGGAAAAUAUCUUCACUCAAAUCAGCCUUAUAAGGGGAGAAGCACUAUUCUCUAGAAUUAUUUGGUUGAUGUUAAGGGCUGUCUCUGGGAGAAUUAGAGAAGUUAGCUAGUAUUGGCUAUUCAUAAGUACUUGACUUGUAGUAUAAUGUUUUAUAAUCAAUUUAUUAAUAAAAUGUUGAAAAGUGGGUAAGGCAAACAGGCAAAUUUAGGGACUGUGAAUGAAAUAUUGUAGUAUAAGGCAUUUUGAAUUGGUAAAGUAAUUCCAAAAAUUAAAUAAGAAUACACAUUGUUCAGUUGCUAAGAAAAAUGCAUUCUAACAGUACAAAUGAAGUCCAGAGUCAGAUCUUUUCUCAAAAUACUUGGCAUAUCAACACAUUACACAUAAACAAAUAAAAACCAGUCCUGUCCCUCAUGAUAAUGGGUUUCUAAUGUGAUGUAUUCUUGCAAUCUGAAACACCUUAUAAAGCUGUAUUUUCCUGAUUGAUGUUGGAAAAAGCAUUCCCAAAAUGUGAAUUAUUGUUUUUAUGAAUAGUUACGGAGGAUGUGAUGACAAUAUGCCAGAUAAUCUAUGUAAUUCUUUAUUCCUGGAUACAAGCACAUGGUGGACUUUUUUCUCACAACCGAUUAAAAUUGGAUUUAUUUUUGCAUGAGAAUUGUAAGGGAGCCACAACCAUGAGUAGUAACAUAAUUAAUAUACAGUGUCAAUAUUUUAUAUUUAAUGAGACAUUUAUUCUAUAAUCAGUUCUUAUUUAUAAAGAGGUGCAAAUCAAUUUCAACCUGUAAUUACCUCUGUGCUUUGUGACUCAGGCACAAUCUAAACCCAGCUUAAUGAAUCAAAGAGAUGUUUCUUGGCAAGAUAUUUUCAUUAAAGUUAUUUGGAAAGGGCAAUUAACUGCAAAA